UCGCCUAGUCCCUCACUCCGAAAGCCCUUCGCCCCCCUCCCCCCAAACGCGUACAGAACCCUGGAUGGAGAUGGACGCAGAGGGCUCCCUUGACCAUAUGCGCAACUCAGCCAGCCCCGUCAAGGCGGAGGGCGAUGGUGGCAGCGCGCAGCCAGCCGACUGCUCCGGCUUGCUCGGCUCCGUGGGCAUCGGUGACGACGAGAGCCCCUUCGAGGAGUUCCCCACCGUGCCGAUGGCUCGCAAUGGAAGCCCACUCGGCACGCCGACAGAGAUGGACGAUCGCGCCAGAGACGAGGAGAUGUCCUGCUCUGGGGGGAUCCGACUGCCCAAUGGGAAGCUGAAGUGCGACAUCUGCGGCAUGGUCUGCAUCGGACCCAACGUCCUCAUGGUGCACAAACGCAGCCACACAGGCGAGCGGCCUUUUCACUGCAACCAGUGCGGAGCGUCGUUCACCCAAAAGGGCAACCUACUACGCCACGUCAAGCUGCACACGGGAGAGAAGCCUUACAAGUGCCACCUGUGCAGCUACGCGUGCCGGCGGAGGGACGCCCUCACCGGUCACCUCCGCACCCACUCAGUGGGGAAGCCACACAAGUGCUGCUACUGUGGGCGGAGCUACAAGCAGAGGAGCUCACUGGAGGAGCACAAGGAGCGCUGCCACUCGUACCUACAGGGCCUGCAGACCGGCCACUUCCCAGCUCUCUCAGGCGGUGGAGAAAUCAAAGAGCCAGUGUAUACAACUGAUAAGAACCUGGACAGGUCAGUGCUGUUAAACCAGCUGGCGUACAAUGUUGCCAAGAGAAAGAGCAGCGUGCCACAGAAAUUUAUCGGUGACAGACAGCUUCCUCUUUCGAUGCCACACCUGCAGUACGACAUGAGCGCCGCCUUUGACAAGGACUCGCUGCUGAUACAAACGCGCGUCAUGGACCAAGCCAUCAACAACGCCAUUUCCUACCUCGGCGCCAAGACCCUGCGCCCCUUUGUGCAGCCUCCGGUGGGUGCGGUGUCAGACCUGCCCCAUGCUGUCGGUGGGGUCUACCCCAACUUCUACACACUUCCCACAGCAGACAUGAACCCCGCCAGCGAUAGAGCUCUCAACAGCUAUGCGGGUGCAGGUCGCUCACCUAGCCUCCAGGUCAGGGAAAAACGUCCGGCGCCAGACCGUGCCACUUCGCCGAGCCACAGCUUGGAGGACAGCGCAGACGCCGAGAGCAUUCCAGAGGAACACAACUCGACAGGACACCCGACAGACUACUCGUUGGCAUCGCGUGAGAGGGGCGCGGAGGAAGCCAGCAAAACAGACUUCAAGGAGGCAAUGGACGAUGAGAAGGGCAGUGAGGACGGAAAGCCCCUGGAUGAUGGAAGGGUGCUAAAUGGGCUGGCAGAUCAAGACACAUUCAGCGUAGUCAACAGUGACGGGGAGAAAAUCCGGGCCUACAAGUGUCAGCACUGCCGUGUGCUUUUCCUUGACCACGUCAUGUACACAAUUCACAUGGGAUGUCACGGCUUUCGAGACCCAUUUGAGUGUAAUAUGUGUGGCUAUCACAGCCAGGACCGCUAUGAGUUUUCUUCUCACAUUGUGCGAGGGGAGCAUUCUGUUUUAUAGAAGAAGAAAAAGGUUUUUUUUUUCAAUGCACAAAUUAUUUUGCACAAGAAUGGUUAUACUGUAUGUGCACGCCUGCAGUGCUUCCCACCUUUGAGGUGUGUGUCUAUGUAGCCAGCUGGUGAAUGAGUAGGGAAAUGUGUACAUUACCUUUGUAUUAGACCAAUGGUUGUUGCAACGCAAGACUCUUUUCACAGUGGUUAUAGAUCAUUUUGCAUCAUAUCUUUGACACCCAUCUUCUUCUGUACGUAAUGAGGAUUGAGGUAAAACAUACCUUUUAAAGUAAUGUUAAACAUAUUGUAUGCGACUCUUUCAUGCAAAUUUGAUCAUAACACUGCUUGUCACAUAAACAUAAUUGUCAAUGUAAAAUAGCACGUAAUCAUAAUUUUAAAACAGGAAUUUUAUUAAGUGUACAUAUUAAACUAUUAUAUUAAUUCAUAGGAGUUACAUUUAAUGGACAGUUAUUUAGUUUUCUUUCUGGAUACCUAACAGUAAGAGAGCCAUCAUUGAUCCAUUUAUAAUUCACAGCCUGUUUUUUUUUUAAGGUUUCUGAAACUGCUUUUGUUUGAGCAUUAAUAUGUUAUUGCAUGACUUUGUAUUGUUUCCAUACUUUUCAUGUUAGAACAUGGAACUCAGAUGUGAUAUUUUGGUCCUCAUUGUUCGGUUGUAUUAUCACUUUUGUAAAUGUGUUCCAUCUUGACUUAAAGCUUUCGUGACUGCAGGAAUUCAUAUUCUUUGGGUCUUUUGGUAAAGCCCCGUAGAUAGAGAAAAUAAAAUAAAAAAUAUUAUUUGUUAUUAUUUGUAUUAUUUGUUCUAUCGACGUGGCUUUCCCGAAAGAACCAAAGAAUAUAAAUGUGUUCCAUUAUCGAUGUCAAUAUUGCAUGCAUUUUCUUUUAGAUAAUUUAAACUGGUUAUGGCUGACAACACAGGAAUACAGUUUGCUUCACCAGUGGACUUUUUGUUAAAUAACUUGCUCAGAACUGUUCGAAUUUAUAUGUAUAUAUACAAUACAGUAAUGAUACUAUCUUGAUUUGAAGUUUUCGUGACUGCAGGAAUCCAUAUUCUUUGGUUCUUUCGGUAAAGUCACCUACGUGACGUAGGUGACUUACGUGACGUAGGUGACUUUACCGAAAGAACCAAAGAGUAUAGUAAUGAUACUACUAUAUAUAGUGAGGUACAUGGAUGUACGUAUUUAUAUAUGUAUACAGUGAAACUAAUGUUUUGAAAACCUCUUGUGAUGACCAUUUAUCAAGACUGGCAUGCUGGUGUGUGUAUAAAAAUACUUAUGAGUUAGAAUGAGAAUCAGGUUGACAUAUAAAGCAUGAAAACUGAGGUGUAUUUUCAUAAAGCCAUGGAAUAUGCACAUUGGCUUUAUUCAUCAUAUCCAUAUUCAGUAUUGAUAUGUUAUUAGGGGCUAACAUUUUUACUAAAGUUUUUGACUUGCCUAAUUAUAACCAAAUUUUACAAAUGUGUUGUUUUCUCUUUUAUGAGCGAACUCUCAUUGCCAUCACUAAAAGACCAUCCAUAAUUCCCUGGUACAAUUAUUAUUGUGAAACCUAAGAUUGUAGCCAAUGCAUAUGAAAUGUAUACUUCUGUAUCAAAAUUCUUCUGUCGUUUUUAACGUGUUGCUGCCUCUUACAAGGUGGUCUAAAAUGUGGUUUCGUGUAUUGUAUGCAGCACAUCCGGUAUUCAUGACUGAGUUUGAUAUAAAGCACAAGCUGCCCCUUAACCAUAGCCAAGACCAAGCCCUCAAUUUCUCAAUAACUUCAAAUGCCAAACCAAAACAGUAACCACCGUUCACACUUUCUUCCACUGUACCUAACCAAUGUCUGUAAAGUAACGCUUUAGGCAGUUCAAAGCUAGGAAAUUAAAAGUGUAUGUUUGCAUAACGUUUUCAGGGUUCCACAUAUGCAGUUUGUUGCGUUAGUAUGCCGAUAUUGCAGAUACAGGAACGAUUCAUAGGAAAAUAAUUAUUAAUGAAAAGUAAAUUAAAAAUACCACACCACCAUUGAUAUCUAGAUAAAACACACUUGCAACAUUGGAUAUAUCAGUUCUUAGAGCAGGAGAUAAAAUUAACAACGUUUCAUUAGACCAUGAAAAACACUUUAUUAACUCUGAGGUGCAUUACGUGGUAUGGAGGUUGUUGACUUGAAUAUUUUGACAGGAUCAAAAAAAAAUUAUUUUCUAGGAUUGUGUGCAACAUUUAUCAAAUUUUGUAUGCCACACUAAACUCAUGGCUGAUGCAUUUAGAAACAAAUUCAAGACUUACAUUUACAUUGUCUGAUUUCCAUAUAGUAUUGAGGGGAUUUUGCACGGUAAGCUUUAAUCGUGCUCAUGACAGUUUUCCUUUUAAAGCCACCAUUUUAUGCAAAAGGUUAUACACAGUUUAUUAUUCGUCAAUUUGCCAUUAAACGCAGCAGCUGAAAAUAGAAAUAACGCUCUUAACGUUAAUUUUCACAGGAAUGGAAUAAGUUUAAUAGUUUAUGUUUAAAGGAUCAAUAAUAAUCAUGUGAAACAUAAAAACAUUAACGUAACUUCCGGGGUUUUACCCGAAAUAUAUUUUAAAAAAACUGUUCUAUGAACUAAAUGCAGGCUUCCUGUUUAAAUGAACUUUAGCAACAUAUUUAAGAAUACAUGUAAUCUGUGAAGGAGAUUUGCCAUAAUGGUUCAUGUGAAAGGGUGACCACUAUCAAGAUAAGCAGGAAUAAAGCAGUUCUCUAGCAAUAUGUGCAUCAACUGUGUGAGAGCAAUGUUUGCUUCAGAAUUCUCUGCUCCGACAAAUGGUGGUAAAGUAUCAGUGCCCUGUGCUUUCAAAUUCACAUUUCCACAAGUGAAUGUUGAAGUAUCCUCAAUGGGAUGACCUACAAACUAGUUAUAGGCUCUAUAUUGUUUCGUCUCGCUGUUAUAUGCAGCAAGAUUGCAUAGGAUUUCACUCCGUGAAUAUUUUAGCCCAUCGAUCGGAAGCUGCAGAAAUAUCUGCAUUUAACAAGAUUUGAUACGAGAGGCCGUUGUAUACACGCUGAAUGGGGAACAAAAAAAAUAUACACGCAUAUUUUUAAUUGUCCUUUAAGGGUGUUUGAUUCAUGCUCCAAAAGGAAAUUAAGGGGGGUUUGUUAAAGGAAGUUGCUGCUUCCGUAGCUUUCUGCUGCUGGCUGUGGUGGCGGCGAGUUAUCGCUGAGCAUCUGAUGCCUGGGAGCCUGUGUACACACUCGCGUUUAAGACACAUUUAUUGAUCAACGUGCAGUUUGGGAAACACUUGUCUCGGAGCCCAUUAUUGUUGCUAUAUGAAUUGAAUGAAAUAAAUGUUUACAAUUGAAUUAUUUUGGAACAUGUGUCUAACAAGUUCUUUGUUGUGCGGU